AUGUCGAUCGAAGAGGCUAGGAAAUUGGCGGGCCGCAAGGACUACGCCGCAGCAGAGGCUGAGUACCUCGCGCUGCUGAACGACGCGGAGAACCAGGACAAGAAACGCGCGCAGCUGCAGGAGCAAUGUAUCUUGGAGCUGGGGCGGAUGUACGCCGAGGCACACGACGCGGACAAGCUGGCGGCGUUCAUCCCGCGGUCGCGUGAUUUCAUGAUGCAGUUUGCGAAGUCCAAGACGGCCAAAGUGCUGAAGACACUGAUCGACCAGUUUGACAGGAUCCCAGAUACGCUGGAGAAGCAGAUCGAGGUGUGUAAAGAGUCCAUUGCGUUUGCGCAGGCGGAGAAGCGGGUGUUUCUCAAGCACUCGCUGUCGGUGCGGCUCGCGACGCUGUACUACCAGAAGGGACAGUACCACGACUCGCUGCAGCUAAUCAACGAGUUGCUGAAGGAGUUCAAGAAGCUGGACGACAAGUCGUCGCUGGUGGAGGUGCAUCUGCUGGAGUCGAAGGUGUACCACAAGCUGCGCAACCUGGCAAAGUCGAAGGCGGCGCUGACCAGCGCGCGGACGUCCGCGAACUCAAUCUACUGUCCGACGUUGACGAUGGCAGAGCUAGAUCUCACGAGCGGCAUCCUGCAUUGUGAGGACAAGGACUACAAGACUGCAUUUUCAUACUUCUACGAGUCGUUUGAAGGCUUCCAUAACUCUGCAGACACGUCGGGCAAGGCGUGCCAGGCCUUGAAGUACAUGCUCCUGUCGAAGAUUAUGUUGAGCUUAAUCGACGAAGUGAACACCAUAUUGAACGCCAAGUAUACGAAAGAGACGUAUCAGUCGCGGGGCAUAGACGCGAUGCGCGCUGUCGCGGACGCGUACUCCCAUCGUUCGCUGCUGGAAUUCAACACUGCCUUAAAGCAUUAUGACAGGGAGCUCAUGGGAGACGACUUGAUCCGGUCCCAUUUCAAUGCGCUGUACGACACAUUGCUGGAAUCCAAUCUCUGCAAAAUCAUUGAACCCUUUGAGUGUGUCGAGGUGUCCCACAUUUCCAAAAUGAUUGGUCUGGACCCCCAGCAGGUCGAGGGCAAGCUGUCGCAGAUGAUCUUGGACAAGGUGUUUUACGGUGUUCUUGACCAGGGUAACGGAUGGCUCUAUGUGUACACGACCCCGGACCAAGAUGCUACAUAUGACUCCUCUCUCGAGUUGAUCGUCAAACUAAAUACUGUUGUCGAGCAGCUCUUCGAUAAGGCAAGCGUUUUGAAUUAG